UCUAAGGGUCAUUAAUUGUUCAACCAAAAAAGCCUCUUAAACCAUGGUUAAACGCAGAUAAAAGAAAAUCCUAAAAUCCCGCUUCAAAAUUUUCGGAGCUGGUUGCAAGAUAUCCGACAAAAUUGCUGUAGGAAUUUCCUUCUUGUUGGGAAAAAGAUUUUCUUACCAUGGAAAUUAUAUGCUCAAGAGAGGGACGAUGUAAGACUCAGCAAACAGAGAAAAUUAAAUCAUUUGCAAGGCACAACAACAAAAGAUCCGAAAGAAAAAGAAAAUCAGUUGAUGAACAAUUCUUUUUCUUGAGAAGAAGUGACGACACAAAUACAGAUUUAUGGAGAUUGGAUCUAGUCAGUCUCAAAGUGGAUGUAAUGUGCUCAUAAAACUUGGGAUGGAAUUUGAGUCAGAUGAGCAUGCAUAUGAAUAUUACAAUAAAUACGCUGGUGUAAUUGGUUUUAGCGUAAGGAGAGAAUAUGCUAACAAAAAUAAAGUCCGAGGGUACGUGACUUCAAGAAAAUUGGUAUGUUAUAAAGAAGGUUAUAGAGAUAAACACAAACGAGAUACGAUGGUUCAAAAACAUAGAAAUGAAACUAGGACGGGGUGCUUAGCUCAUUUUAGUGUUAGUCGUCAAUCAAAUGGAAUGUUUCGCAUCACUUCAUUUGAAGAGAAACAUAAUCAUCCUCUUGUUCCUUCUUCUUUGGCUCAUAUGUUACCCUCACAAAGAAAGAUAAAAGUUGCUCAAGCAUAUGAAAUUGACUUAUUAGAUGAUUCAGGAAUAUGCCCUAAAGCUUCAUUUGAUUAUGCUGCUCGUCAAGUUGGAGGACAAUCUUUUCUAGGUUACACAAGGAGAGAUCAGAAGAAUUAUCUUCGGGAUAAAAGAAAAGAUAGUUUGAAACAUGGGGUGGCUCGUAGUUUGGUUGAUUAUUUUGAGAAACAAAUACUAGAAGAUCCUGCUUUUCGGUAUUCUUUAGAUCUAGAUGACGAUGGUUUGAUAACUAAUGUAUUAUGGGCUGAUGGAAAGAUGAUAAGAGAUUUUAAGAUUUAUGGAGAUGUUGUGUCCUUUGAUACAACAUAUAGAACAAAUAAAGAGUAUCGACCCUUGGCGUUGUUUGUUGGUUUAAAUAACCAUAGGGAAAUGGUUAUAUUUGGUGCAGCCCUUCUAUACGAAGAGUAA